AUGCAUGCAAAUGAAGAGGUCAGGACAAAAAGGGUUGAGCCUAGCAGAGAAGUAGUUUGUGUGUUAGGAGCAUCGGGUUACAUCACUUCCUGGCUUGUCAACCUCUUACUGCAACAUGAGUACUCUAUCAAUGCCACUGUUCGUGACCCACACGAUCUAAAGAAAACAGAGCUAAUUGAGGAGGGAUCUUUUGAUCUAGUGGUUGAAGGUUGCAUUGGCGUUUUCCAUACAGCAUCUCUUUGUUAUUUUGAUGUGGAAGAUCCACAGGCUGAAAUGGUUGAACCAGUAGUGAAGGGGACACUCAACGUUCUUGGAUCCUAUGCUAAAGUCCCAUCUAUUAAAGGAGUGCUUAUAAUCUUCUCUAUUGCAGCAGUAAUAUUGAUUGGAAAACCUCUGGCUGAUGAUGUGGUAGUUGAUGAGACAUGGUUCUUAGAUCCUAUUGUUUGUGAAAAAUUACAACAAUGGUAUAUGCUUUCAAAGACUUUAGCAAAGAAGGUUGAUUGGAAGUUUGUAGAAGAAAAUGGUAUAAACAUGGUCACAAUAAACCCAUGUAUGGUGUUAGGACCUCUUUUACAGUCAACUCUCAAUGCAACUAUGGAUCCAAUUGUGAAUCUUUUGAUGCAUGUAGGGGGUGAAACAUUUUUGAAUGCAACAUCUAGAUGGGUAAACGUUAGAGAUGUUACGAAUGCAUAUAUAUUUGUAUUCGAGACACUUUUAGCAUGCGGAAGAUAUUACGUAGCCGAGAAAUCUGUGUAUCCUUCUUAA